GCAUGUAGUUUGGGAAAGAGGACAGGGUGAAAUAUUUUCAAGUCACGAGGAGGAUAAAGGAAGGCCGGGCCUCAUUUUUCAGUGGCAAACGCAGACGACAAUGAAAAUGCAAGAUGAAGCCAUUUUAUUGGCUGGAGCGCACACACCGUUAAAAAUUGGAGAGGGUUUCUGACAGCGAAGAGUUGAAAAAAAGAAUUGAACAUCAUUCGUUGCGAUCAUGUACCGACGCAGAAAAGUAAAAGAAGAGUUGCCGCCUAUUCCUGAUAAACUGGAAGACUUUGGCUAUAUCGUCAAUGAGAAUCACGAGAUCAGACAUAAAGAAGAGGGUACACCGUAUGAUUUCGAGUUCCUCUACAAGAAUCGCCCUUACAAUGAAGCACGCUACGAAGCUUUUAUUGAACUGAUUGGUGACAUGGUGGAAGAACGACUUCAGCAAAGUCCUUUGAAUUUCCAAAAAACUAUUGUCCCUGUAGGCGCUGAUCCUGCUAAAAACGACAAAUACACUUAUGUUUACAUGACGCCGAAUGCACUCACGACCACAGAUAAAUUGUUGCUUCUUAUUCCCGGUAUCAAGACGCGCAUUGGUCAAUGGAGUCGCCGUAUCAUGUGCGAUGAAAAUGUGGAACGCGGAUCUAUGAUUGAGAUUUCAAAGUUGGCCCAGAGUGAAGGGUUUGAAGUCAUUAUCUUCAAUCCGAACGGUUUAUUCUUUUACGACAAUGCCCCUCAUGACCGCGUACUUUCCAAUACACCAUUUGAGAUUAUUCCAGAAAACAGCGGUCCGGAGGAACACUGUCAAUAUGUGUUUGAACAAUUUGUCAGAUCAUCCAAAGCCAAAACUGUGAAUGUCAUUGCCCUUGGUUGGGGAGGAUAUUGUUUUACAGAAAUUCUCAACAAACACUUCGACUUUGUGAAAGAGCGAGUGGGAGCUGUUGCUAUUGCGGAUAGUGCUCAUUCGAUCACGUUGGUUGAAGGAGAACAUAAACGCGCUUGGAUGAUUAACCAUAUGGCUAAUUGGGCAGUGUCGGGUGAACCAAAGGGUACCAUUAUACGUGAUCCUCGUAUGGGUUGCGACACAAUCUCUGCAAAUAUUGAAAUCGCGGAUUUCACGUUACCGACCUGUUUGGACGAGAUAUUAAGAUACGUUGGAAUCAAAACAGGAGAUGUUGUGGCGAAUGAAGACCAAUCUUCUGAAAUGCCGUCAAAGGAAGAGUUGGAGGAGUUGGAUGAUCGUGUACAAAUGUUGGAUCUGUGAAGAAAAAAAGUUACCAUGGUAAAUAAACAUAUAACCAGAAAAUGGUCUCUAUGAGCGGAUGUUUUCG